AUGGGAGUGCUCUCGCUCGGAUGUUCUGACACGAAGCAAAGCUUCACAGGGAAUCGCACCAUCGAGACGACCUUCCUCCCUAGUUAUCUCUAUCAGUAUGAGGACACCCCUUCAUAUUCUUACGGUAUGCACAUUGGCUCCGUACCCCUGGGGAUACCAGGCUCGCUAGUGCUGGGCGGCUAUGACCAAAACCGGGUGUUGGGUGAUGUUUCAGCGCAACCGUACUCGAGUGGCAACCUUUCCAUUGAUCUGCUCGAUGCUAAAAUCGGGGUUGUCAGUGGUGGCUCACCCUGGAUAUGCACAGAUAAAACCGGUCCCCUCGGGCAAGGAAACGCGUCCAUUAACUACGGCGUCACCGUUUUUGCGAGCGGCGCCGGCCCCUACAUGUACCUCCCACACAGCACAUGCGAGGCCAUCGCGGCCGAACUCUCCGACAAGCGCUACUCCGAGAUUGUGAGCGCACCAACCUAUCUGGGGUUUACCUUCAGCAAGAACUCGCUCAACAACGCAAAUAUCACCAUCAAUGUACCAUUUUCCCUGCUAAACUUGACGUUGGAUGCACCUCUCGUCGACAAACCUACCCCAUAUUUCCCCUGCAUGGGCACAAAUGGGAACUAUGUGCUUGGCCGAGCAUUUAUGCAGGGUGCUUUGGUCGGCGUCAACUGGGGGCCUCAACAGGGCAGCUGGUUCCUGGCGCAGGCUCCCGGUCCCAACAUCCCCGGUACCACGGCAGUGACAACGAUCAAUCCUUCCGAUAAUACAGUAACGAGCAGUUCUAGCGAUUGGGAAAGCAGCUGGAAGGGGGUGUGGAAGGAGCUACCUGCAACCUCGGCCUCGAACUCUAGCACGCAGACCUGGUCGGAAGACAGCAGUGGAUUGUCUACGGGAGCCAAAACUGGCAUUGCCAUCGCGGUGGCGGCAGCAGCAGUUGUUGUGAUCCUGUUCGCCGUGUAG